AUGAGCCAAAAUGGUGUCGGUGUUGAAAUGUCGAAAAAUAUCGAACUAGACUCUUCAUCAUCAUCAUCACAACAACAACAACAACAACAACAACAUCAAAAUCCAGCCCAACAUGACAACAGUCCAGAUUGGCAAUUGCCAACCAUUCUCCAGCCAUCACCUAUUAUGCUCUCAGUCAAUGGUGGUGCCAACACACCCAGUCCCAAACUACCACCACUUUCACUUCCACCACACAGUCUAAAUAACUACGGCUGGAAAGGAUGGAUAUCUGACACACUUUCCAAAAACCAAAGAUUUCACAACAUGGUCUACUAUCGUCUUGGAAACCUAAAGUAUCUUUCCGAUACACUUGCCGAACCAGAACCAUAG